GAAGGGGGUGGAUUUGGGGAGGGAGGACGAGACACACACACAGAGAGAGAGAGAGAGAGAGAGACAGUAAAACGGACGGAUUGAUGUGCGCAGCUUGGUCUGCGCAGAUUCCGCACGGCAGCGUAGAGGGAGAGACGGACCCGGGCGAGCGAGAGAGAGAGAGAGAGAGAGAAAGAAAAAAAAACAGUUUGAGCGAAGAAGGUUGGGGCGGGGGGAAGGCUGCAAUCCUGUUUGACAGCCGUAAAAAAAAAAGCCCUCUGGAUUCUCGUCUGAAUGGUCGCUAUUAGCCCACCGUGUCGAAGGUGACUCUCUUCAGGGUGAAAUGAAUAUUGGUUGCUGAAUGUUACAGAGUCCCCUUUUUGGUUCUUGGAUUUGGCUUCUGCGAAGGUGUUUUGUGUUGGCGUAGGGCCACUGUGUGGCAGUACUCAUACUAAAUUAGGAGUUUGCAAGGAAUUUGGAUCUCCUGUGGAGGAGGCAGCAGCUGCUGUACAAAUCAGACUUGAUUUCACACAAUCAAAAUGGUGUUGUCACAGAGACAAAGAGAUGAACUAAAUCGAGCUAUAGCUGACUAUCUUCGCUCUAAUGGAUAUGAAGAGGCUUAUUCAGUUUUUAAGAAGGAGGCAGAGUUAGAUAUGAAUGAAGAAUUAGACAAGAAAUAUGCUGGACUGCUGGAGAAAAAAUGGACCUCUGUGAUAAGACUACAGAAGAAGGUUAUGGAAUUAGAAUCCAAACUCAACGAAGCAAAAGAGGAGUUCACUUCAGCUGGCCCUCUGGGUCAAAAGCGUGACCCAAAAGAAUGGAUCCCACGUCCCCCAGAAAGAUACUCUCUGAGUGGGCACAGAAGUCCAGUCACACGGGUCAUUUUCCAUCCGGUCUUCAGUGUCAUGGUAUCAGCCUCUGAAGAUGCCACAAUAAAGGUUUGGGACUAUGAGACUGGAGAUUUUGAACGUACACUGAAAGGCCACACAGACUCUGUACAAGAUAUCUCCUUCGAUCAGACUGGCAAACUGUUGGCAUCAUGCUCUGCUGAUAUGACCAUCAAGCUUUGGGAUUUUCAGAGCUUUGAAUGCAUUAGGACCAUGCAUGGACAUGACCAUAAUAUUUCAUCAGUAGCUAUCAUGCCUAAUGGAGAUCAUAUAGUGUCUGCUUCAAGGGAUAAAACCAUGAAAAUGUGGGAGGUGCAAACUGGUUAUUGUGUGAAGACUUUCACGGGACAUAGAGAAUGGGUGCGCAUGGUCCGACCCAACCAGGAUGGUACUCUUUUGGCCAGCUGUUCCAAUGAUCAGACUGUCCGUGUAUGGGUGGUAGCAACAAAGGAAUGCAAAGCUGAACUUCGAGAGCAUGAACAUGUCGUAGAAUGCAUUUCCUGGGCACCGGAGAGUUCCUAUCCAACCAUUUUGGAAGCAACAGGAUCUGAGACUAAAAAGAGUGGCAAACCUGGACCUUUCCUGCUGUCAGGAUCCAGAGACAAGACUAUUAAGAUGUGGGAUAUUAGCAUUGGAAUGUGCCUUAUGACACUGGUUGGCCAUGAUAACUGGGUACGCGGUACUCUGUUUCAUCCUGGUGGAAAGUUUAUUGUGAGCUGUGCUGAUGACAAAACCAUUAGAGUGUGGGACUACAAGAACAAACGGUGCAUGAAGACCCUGAAUGCACAUGAACACUUUGUAACCUCUCUUGAUUUCCACAAGACGGGUCCAUUUGUUGUCACUGGAAGCGUAGAUCAAACGGUAAAGGUCUGGGAGUGCCGCUGAUAGAAAUGAUCUUCUGGUUUUUUUCUCCUUCCCCUUCUUUCCCUUUCCGAAUAACCCUAACCCAAACCUCCCCCCUCCCCUUCCCCGACCUCCGGAUGCACUCAGUUACCAUGGUUACCCAUCAAGCUCUGUUUAAUAACUAUUGUCCUUUCAUGUAAAUUAUUCUGGAUGUAGAUUGAGCUAUUAAAUGUUACACAAAAGUAUUCAUGCAUGGUGAAUCCGAAUUGUAUACUGUAAAUUACAUACGUUGUCUAGAAGUACCAUAGGUAAAGAACAAGGGCUAGCAUUGGUCAUAUUAGACCUGGAAAGCAGAAGUUGAUUGGAUAAUUAGGGCACUGAAUAGGACUGAAAUUAUAUCAACAGUUAUCAGAAAUGAUCUUUAUUUUCACCGUCAUUGUAGUCUAAAGCACAAAAAAAUGUGUUGAUUCUGCAAUCCUUAAAUCACUUUGUGUAGUACUAGGGUUCAUUUGAGGAGUGUGUAGGUGUUGUCCAUAAAUUAUCUACCGAUCUGUUAGCCCCUUAUAAAGGAUUACAACCAAGAAUCCAGUGAACUCAGUUGCAAUGGGUGAAUUCUGAAGACCAUUGUUAGACUUCCCACUCAGGCUGGGAUUAACAUUCACAGAUAAUUACAUUUUAAAAUUGGCUUUCAAGAUAUGUAAUAAAUGAGACUAUUCUAUCUCUUUAAGCCUUCAUGUCUUGCUCCCCAAUCUUGAAAUACAGUAGCAAUGAUCAAAAACAAAGCCUAACUAGUGACUACUAAAGAAAAUUGAUUCAAUUUGACCCCUGCAAAGAUAACUGCUUUAUGGUUACAGUGUAACUAAACUGAGAAUCAAAAAGUACUGUCUGGGGUGUGUACUAUCCAAGGAUUAAAAGCACUUCAGACAGCACUGCAUCUGAGCAUUGAUAAGUCUCCUUUAGUGCACGCCGUUAGCUAGCUAGAUAUGGUUGGACAGUACAUUAACCUUAAAACUGAAAAUUCAAGUGGAUACUUAACUAACUUUAAAACCAAAAUUGAUGCUUUGAAUGACAAGCUUUGUAACACCAUUUCCCAUAGUAGACACAUUGCAUUCAUAUGUUUUAGAAAGAUUUUAGUGGCAAUUAUUCAUACCAUGAAAAAAACCACUAAAUAUGCAACACUUUUAACUAAGAUACCCAGCCAUUUUAAACUGACAUUUUUUGUAAAUGUCUAGAAAAACAUGCUGAAAGAUUUUGUAGCAACUAGUGCCAUUUGUUUUAAUAGCUGUCCUUUUAUUUAAAACAUAUGAAAACUUUGUGCCUAAUCUGAUUAACACACACUGCUUGAAGCAGGAGCCACUUAUUUUAUGAAGGAUAUACUCUGACUUGAAAUAGUAAAAAGAAAAAUAAUUUCUAGGACAGAAUAGUGUAAAAUCUGCUUUGUUGAAGGCUAUUUGCAGCAUCUAUCAGUUCAAAUGGUGCUUUAGAAUAAUGAAUCAUUAAAAAAGCCCUUUGCUCUUUUUUGUUGCAGUGAAAUGUGCACCAUGCUUUUUACAAAAAAAAUCUAGACUUUAAGCCAGUUGUCCAGUUUAUAGACUGUCCUUGAACUUAUUUUGGAAACACUUCUAUUUAUGAUUUCUCUGAUCCUUUUUGCACAUGACCCACAGCAACACCUCUUUCUUCCCCCCCCCCAUCCCAUUCACCAUCUCCCCCUCCCCCCAACCACCACCAAAUUCUCUCUCCUUGGUACAUAUAUAAAAUGCCUUUGGUUGAAAACUUUUCGCUUGGAAGAAAGAAUUAUGUAUAGCUUAUGAAGGAGCCAGUGUCGAAGGAGAAAUAAAGUGCAACUUAAAAUGUCACAUCAGCACUAGGAAUUGCAUCAAGUUCUGCUUUGUCGUGUCCAAUCAAUGCAAUUUCUUGUUCAUUCUGGAGAGUGUGCAGUGUUGUUUUGUGAAUUCUGUGGCCGCCUGCCAUUAUAACUUCUGUAGUUCAAUAGCAGUAACAGUAAAACAGCCAGAUAAUUCCAGUGUUGAGAAUCUGUAAACAGAACAUCAAUUCUGGAAAGAACAAUGUGCUCAUUAGCAGGUAAUUCACAGUAGCUGCGUAAAUUACAUGCAGUGCAUCACGUGUAAUAUUUUAAACUUUUAGUAAUGAAUGCAGAAUUUAAAGCUGCAUAGGGUUAAGUUCCCAGUUGCCAAUCAAAAUUCUAAUGAAGUUGGCCUUGAUAAGUGAGCUGCAAUGUUCAUUUUGUAUAUUUAUGCUUUUAUUCUGAACUUAUAUUUGUGGCUCGCUCUUCCUAAAAUCUGCAAUACACUGGUGCAGCAAAAGAAAUCACACUUUAGCAGCAAUUCUAAUGCAAAGCCUUUGUCAAGCAACUAACUGCAAGCGUCUGAUAACGAGAAUCCCAUCUGCUACUGGUUUAAUGUUUCCAUGUCUAAUAUAAAUGGUGCUGCCUGGAAAAAAUUUGGUUUCAAAAAAAAUCUGAAACCUGGUGAUUUGGACAGUAGCAACUGUUACCUGCAAAAGAUACUAUUACCCUACAGGAGUUGAUAUGCCAAAAAUUCAUUUUCUCAACACUUCCAUGCCUUCUACUGCAGCUCAGGUUAUUCCAUGUAUUCCACAUUAAGCCUCAUCAUAAACAUUUAAUGAGUUGAAAUGUGACAUUUCAUGUCUAAGCAUGGUAUAAAGUUUGCUUACUGGUAUUUCUUCUGGCAAAUAGAUUUCAACUCUGGCAGUUAUGUUUGAUGUGGUUGCAUUCCAGAUUAAAUAUUGUAACAAAGGUGCCCGUAACUGUUAGCACAAAAUCAAGUUAUUAAAUAAGCUCCCAUUCCUCUUUUCCUCCUUUUUCUUCCCUUACUGAAAAAUACACUAAUGUCAAUUUGUACAAUGCUUCCAAGAUUCCAAACUUGAUUCAAAAGCAAUUUUGCUGCUUUCAGAACUCAAAACAUGCUCUUGCAUGCACACGUAAUAGCUAGUAAAUGCUUAUUACGGUCACUGCCUCGCAUGAAGCCUUACAAUGAAAGCGAAGUCCAAUCAACCAAGUGAAGUACAGGCAGCUUAUGGCACUGUGGCUGUGUUAGUCAGAAACAUCCAGUCACAUUUCAGUGUUUUUUGCUGGUAAUUUUUGUUAAAAGCACUUUUCUGUCAAAAUGAACGUACUUGACUGACAAUGGCACUCCUGUUGGAUACUUUGCAACUAGAGAAUGCUAGCACAUGUAUCAAUAAUUAUGAUUCAGUGGUACGAUAUUAAAGCUUAUGGUGCUGUAAGGAAAUUGAAACAGUAGUUGUGGUAGCUCAGCUUUGAAGCGUUUGCAACUAUUUUAGCUUAAGUGUUGAAAAAAUAUUUUCUGAACAAGUGAUUUAUCUUGAGGCCUAAAAGAGCUACCUUCAUGUUCAUUUACACACCAAUCUAACAUCGUUAUAACCUGCUUACAUGUGGAAUACAGUUCAUUCCUUUUAGGAGCAUGUAGAAUUUUUCAAUAAUAAAAUUCACUGUCUUGACCAAAAUUGCUUUUGCCUUUCCAUUUUUUAAUCCAAAAAUGUGUACAUAGGAAACAAUUGUUUUAAUGAAGAAACUGCUCUUAAAUGGAGUAACCUGUAUAUUCACUCGCUAAAUGAAACGCAUGAACCAAAAUCAUUUUUAAACCAAUUACACAUUCCAGAAAUGAGCCCUUAACUACCCAUGUGCCCCAUUCCAAAUCGUGGGUGACUUUAAUAUAACCGCUUCAAUAUAUAUUGGUUGAAACCAUCUAGUACGAUUUGGCCUUUGUUGAAGUUGAAAAAAAAAACUUGUAUAGCAUCUUGCACUUUAAAACAACAAAAACCGUCCUGCUUUCUUCAGUGCGUGUAUAGUGUGACCAAUGCUAUGUCCAAGGCACUAAACAAACCUAGUAGCUAGCAAGUGUAAGGGGCUAUGGAGCACUGUAGUUUUGAAAGCUUGGUUAUAGACUCACCAAGCCCAGUCUACUGUCAGUACCCUGCUUCUCCUAUUUGCCUCUUCCUCCUUUUGUGAAUUGCCUGGUUCAAACUCCUCUUAAAUGACCAUUCCCACUGGAGCCAUUUUUAACCCUUCAGACUCUGUUUUGUCAGCUAUUUUACUGGCUGUUAAUUGACCUUUGCCAUUCCCACUGUAUCAUGUGAUUGGCUGCUUUCUAGUCCUGCCUUUUCCCUCAAGUGUUCCUAAGGUGUUCCUGAAGACCAGUAGUGAACCUCCAAGUAGACGUUGUACUCAUCACUGACACUAUGGCAAGAAGUAAUUUUACAAGCAGAAGCAAAGGGUGCAAUUAUAAGUACCAGGACUGUGAGAAGAUAAUUGAGCUAUUGACACAGUACAAGCAAUCAGUUAAGGAAUGUAUAUACUGCUGUGUGUUUUACAGUAAGAUUUGUUGCUAUCAAACUGUGUAAAACAAGAUUUAUUCAUGUUUUCUGCAUAUUAAAAUCUUAAUGUACCGAUUGGUAAAGACUAUUAAAAUGCAUACAAAACUGCUGUGCUUUUUUUUCUUCAUGUGAUGGAUUUUUAAAAAUUAAAUCCAUUGUUUUCAACUGUCUUGGACCAUACUGAUACUUUUACAUCACUGGUCAAGAUGUCGAUCCUGGAAUUGUGCAGCUUUUUAAAAAGCUAGUGUACUUGUUAAUGAGAAAUGAGACCGACCUUGGGUUCUAGUCCUGCAACAACACUGCUAUUCAGUUUGGCAGAGUCCACAGCAUGGUCUUAUUGAUGGAUGUUUGUAAUUGACGAUCAGUAAUUGUGAGUGUGUGCGCGCGCACUCUACCUUGCUAUAAUAAAAGCAAAAGUCUACAGGUGUGUUGGGGAAGGCGUAAGAGAAACAAACUGGUCAUGUGUUUCACUACAAUAAAAUUGACUUUUCACGACAUUAGUACUGAAAAUGAAGAUAUGGAUUGAUCAUUUUCUAUCUCCCUUUGUCUUUUUUGAGGAAUAAUUAUUCCAUUGAUUGUGAAAUUACUUUAUAGCUAAUGGAAAAUGUAAAAUUAUUUUAGAAGCUAAAAAUAAUUGGUUAUUCAUUUUGGGUAUAUUCUAUCCUGUCUGAUUUGUUAUGUAUAAAGAUCAAAUAACUUUUCUUCCAUAAAUAAAACUACAGCACACAUACAAGAUAAUCGGGCAGGCAGACUGCAUUGUUAUAAUUUUAUUCCAGGUACUCCAUGUUCUCAAUGUGUGAAAGUUGUUUUUUUGUAAAUGCUAUAUUCAGGACAACUGCAAAAAUUUACAGAACAUUGAUUUAUUCAAAAGACAGGAAAAAUGGCAAAGAAUGAGGUGAGUCAUGAAUGGCCUUAAUAAAGGGUCUGACUUGAAGCUCGAAGACACUUGCCUUCUGAUGAAAGGACUGCUGUCAUCCUAAAAACAUGCUUACAUUGCGUGGAAGAUAGCAAUGAAAAGAGGCUAUGAAUAGUAGAAACCUAGAAUUAUAACAGCUUGAGAUAUGACUUCAUGAAUUUUGAAGAGAUUGCCACCUGAAAUAGUCACCUGUUACUUUCAGAGGACAUCUUGAGAUUUCCACUGUUCAAUUCUUUCUUUAGUUUCAACAGUGUUCAACUGUUGUAAACGUUCUAAUAUUUCAAUUUUUUCAAGUGGAAAUGCUUCUGCAAUCUCAAAGGAUUAUUUUCACCAGUUGGUCAUUGUUUAUAACUCCACUGGCUGAAUAAAUUUUUGAUACCACUAGAUAGGCACCAGUUGAUGAACAUUUAAUUUUGAAUUUGAAGUAUAUUCGUCUCCUUAGUUAAACCCCAUACCUUUUAAAAAUGGUAAAUGGUUUUGAAAAGAAUCGUUCUGCUUAGAAAGCCUAUUUGUUGUUGAAAAUACCAUUAGCUAAUGCUUUAUUUAAUUAUCUUUCGCACUAUGCUAUUUUAAUGACUUUUGCUUUGGGUAGUUGCAAAAGCUGUUUCUUUUUCAGCUGAGUCUAUGAAAUCUAUAUCUUUGAAUGAGGAAUAAAGAAAAGUGACUAAUGGAAGUGGCACCUAUUUAAACAUAAUAUACUGUAAUUUAGGAUUGCUUUUCCUUAUUCACCCAUCUUUCUUUCACUCAACAACAGUGCAGGAAGAGAACCUCUCCCACCUCUUGACUGUUGAAACAAGUUUUCUCUCCUCCAACCUCAGCUGUGCUAUUGUAGAGAUAUCCAUUUUAGUGGCAGUCAUUUGCAGAAUGGUAUUAAUAAUCUGUUUACUAUCAUGCUUUCAGCUAGGUAUCUGCGUGUAAUACAGGAAUGGCAAGGAAAGAAUAUUUUACCAGCUGUCAGUGCAACUCAAUGGGAGCAUCCAUUCCUGCGUCAAAAUUGUGGUUUUAAGCCCUAAUGUAUAACUACAGCAUAUAAUCCACUUUUGUGAAGAAAGGAGGGGGUGCUGCACUGUUGGUGUCACCUUUCAGAUAAGCCAUUAAACAAUUGACCCUAUCUGUUCAAGAAAUAUUAUUGGAAAGAGAAGAGUUCCCACUGUGCUCAACAACAAUUGUCCACCAGCUAAGUCCACAUAAACACAUCAUAUGGUAAUUUAUCACAUUCUUGUUUAUGGAAUUUGCUUUGGCAAAUUUGCUCCCAUUUAGCUACACAAUUGGUUAGUGCACUUAAAAAGUAAUUAAUAGGCUCAGAGUACAUGAGAUAACCGGAGUGCUUGUAAGAUGCUAUAUAAAUGCAACAUUAAAACAAUAUAUUUCCCUUUAUAUCAACAUGGUACCUUUAAUAUAUAUAUAUAAUAUAUAUAUGUAUAAAAAAAAGCCCUGAGCCACGGUAGAAGUGACCAGAAGCUUGGUCAACAGUAUUUUAAAAGGAGGGAAGGGUUUAAGGAAAGCAUAUAAGAAUAGAACCCACAUUGUAGAUUCUUGCUAGUAGUGAGGUGUGGAGACUACUGUACAAGAGGGAUUGAAUUUUCAGAGGGACAUAAAUGAGUGGAUGAGAUUGGGUAAAGACAUAGCUGAAGGUCAUGAGGUAUUUAAAAGCUUCAUGCAGUGAAGUCUGCACUCAAUAGUUUUGAGCUCUGAGCAUUGUAAGAUGCACACAUGAUUGUCAGGCAAAUCCAUGUGCAUAACUAAAUUUAAUAAGAGCAAAGUACUGCAGAUGCUAGAGACCUGAAAUAAAAACAGUACUUUUAUAGAAAAAUGUAAUCUAAAAUGACAGUUUUAGAUGGUGACUUUUCCCCAAUAAUUUGAAUUGCUUGCAGUUGCCUACCCCUCCACCUCCCUUCUAAUGUCUGAUCACUUUUUCAAAUCGUUCAUGAACUUUCUAACAGUUUUGCUAACACCUCAAAAUCAUUAAUAAAGAUUGAAGUGCAUCAGUACAAGCACUGAUCCCUGCAGGAUUCCACUCAACUAAUGUCCUGUGCAGCCAUUUAUAUUAAUAACAAACACCUACAAGUACAAUUAAUUCCUUAAUCCAAAAUCAGCUUGCUAAUAUUACAGGACUUCUGACUUGUUUAGUAAUUUUAUGACAUGGUACUUCGGCAAAAGCUUGUUGAAAAUCUAGGUCUACAAUGUCAAACUGACUAUAUCUUCCAAUUUAGUAAUUUUUUCAAAAAAUUUAACCAAUUUGGUAAGACAUGGCCCCCCUUUUCGGAGUCCAGGUAGGGCCAUCCAAUUGAAGUCCACUCCCAUUUUUAUGAAUCCAACCCUCUUGAAAUCCAGACUUAACAUUAAUUUUUGUUAACCUUGGUUUAGCUGAUGGAGUUGGAAUGUAACAAUAUGGUUACUCUUACCACAUUUUCCCCUUGGAAGCUUGGUGCUGCAACAGGGUCCAAAUUAAAAUUGAAUUAAAUAUGCUUUUCAUCACUUGCAUGUAGUGUUUGGAAACAAUCAAAUUUAAGACAGCUUCAAGCCUUCAGCUGCUUGACCAUCAAUACUCGAUAACUCCCCAUUGAACCAAUGAAGCCCUGCGACAUCCCCUCUACAGAUAUUUCCUGAUUCCUUUGUAAUUUGUGCCCAAAAUGCAGCAUAAUAGGCCCCCCAAGAAUUUGAGGCUUUUAACAAACACUAAGAAGUUACAAAUGAAGAUGACCAAGGCAAGUAAGUUUCAGCAGUAGAGCAGCUAAAGUAGAAACAGGCAGGCAAUAUUGGGGAUGUAGAAGUUAAAAGUCUUUGUGAUGCAAGGCUAUGGGUUCUGUAGCUUAGUUCAGUAAAAUAGGAUGUUUAGGUGGCAAGGUCUGGUUCAUUCUUUACCCCAAAAAAUUGAGAAAUCCAAGAUAAGAAUUUUAUUUCAUCAUCCUUAAAUUCAAAUAAUUCCUGAAAUCUUACAAGGGAUUGUGUGUAUCAUUGUGCUAGUGGCAAGCUCUUUAGUGUUCUUCUGUGUGCCUGCCAAUACUUAUCCCUCAACCAACAUCACUUAAAGCAGAUUAUAUGCUCAUUGGUUUCAUGGAUUCCAUAGUCAUAAUUCUGUGAUAACAUUUAAUAGUUAGCAUUUAUUAUGAGAUGUCAGCAACACCAUUUUCAUGUGUUGUAUACAAUCUGAAUGUAUGGUUGCAGGCAGUGUUUGUGAGCCUGUGACUUUUUUUAAGCUUCUUUGCUCAUGCGGUUAGAUGAAGUAGAGUGGGAGGAGGCUAAUAAACACUGGCAAAGGCCAGUUAGACUGAA